UUGGUCAUCCAGAACAAUCCAACAGACCACCACAAAUUUUCUUCUAUAAUUAGCGACCUUUGCGGUUCCUAACCUUCUUCCCCUCUUCUCCCCUUCCCCAGCUUCUUCUUUUUCCUUCUCGAUUACUCCAGCUGGUUCGCACGGCGUCUUCCCUGCAGGCGGAGGCGGAGCAGCACAAGCUCUUCCGACCCCGCACACAAGCACAAGCUCCGUAUAGGUUCAUCGCCACUCAUGAAUUCUUGUAGGUGCUUGUACUUAUUACAUGGAACUCAUGGAUUCCAGUAGGGGUUACUUAUUACUCGUAUCGGUGUGUCCUUCGAUCGUCCUCUAGUUACAUGUAAUAGCAUUUUUAGAUCUCGAUUAUCUUCUUGCAUUGAGGUGUGUGGUAUAGGCAUAUAGAACAAGCUACUUACAUUAUUUCUUGCCAUCUCUUCAAGCUCCAGAUCAUUUCUAGCUACAUACAAAAGAUCGGCUACAGUUCGUUACAUAGAUCUCUGCUCCUAAUAAUCCUCCCACUGAAAAUAUUCCUUGUACUUGAUGGUCUUCUGUCUUCUCCAUUCUCUCCCUUUGGUUCCCGAAGUUCUAAUGGCAUAGGGAACCACGUGUAGGGCGUUCAGCGCACAUCCCUCUAUAUAUGCUUUAGUACAAGCACCAAAUCCGCACCUCAAACUGCGCAACGUCGUGUACGAGAGCUCUGCCUUCUCGUGCUUUUCCUAAUCCCCGCCGCCGCUAGCUGGUCUGUUGCCUUCUACUACCUCGCCACGCGCCUGCCUCGGGCCCCCCUACAUGAUGCAGUUCACGCAUACUGCGCCCCCGCCGCCGCCUCUGCACCCUAACGGCCAUGCCGCUGGAGUGCUAGGGCUAGGGCUGUUUCUCGACGUCGGCGCGCCGACGGCGGCCCGCCCGUGCCCGGGGAGCUUCCCGACGCCGGCGUCCAAGAUCUCCCUCGGCAACGACCUCAACAGCACCAGCUGCAUGGAGCAGCUGCUGGUGCACUGCGCGAACGCCAUCGAGGCCAACGACGCCACGCUCACGCAGCAGAUCCUGUGGGUGCUCAACAACAUCGCGCCGCCCGAUGGGGACUCCAACCAGCGCCUCACGGCGGCGUUCCUCUGCGCGCUCGUCGCGCGCGCGUCCAGGACCGGCGCGUGCAAGGCGGUCACCGCCGCCGUCGCCGCCGAGUCGGCCGCGCUCCACGUGCACCGCUUCACGGCCGUCGAGCUCGCCGGCUUCGUCGACCUCACGCCCUGGCACCGCUUCGGCUACACGGCCGCCAACGCCGCCAUCCUCGAGGCCGCCGAGGGCUUCCCCGUCGUGCAUGUCGUCGAGCUCGGCACCACGCACUGCAUGCAGAUCCCCACGCUCAUCGACAUGCUCGCCACCCGCGCCGAAGGCCCCCCGAUCCUCCGCCUCACGGUCGCCGACGUCGCGCCCAGCGCGCCGCCGCCAGCCCUCGACAUGUCCUACGAGGAGCUCGGCGCGAAGCUGGUCAACUUCGCGCGGUCGCGAAACGUGUCCAUGGACUUCCGGGUGGUGCCCACCGCGCCGGCCGACGCGUUCACGUCCCUGGUGAACCAGCUCAGGGUGCAGCAGCUGGUCCUGGACGGGAGCGAGGCGCUCGUCGUGAACUGCCACAUGCUGCUGCACACCGUGCCGGACGAGACGGCGGGAUCUGUCGGCCUCACGCAGCCGGUAUCGCUCCGGACCAUGCUGCUCAAGUCUUUCCGGACACUCGAUCCCAACCUGGUCGUGGUGGUGGAGGAGGACGCAGACUUCACGGCGGGUGACGUGGUGGGGAGGCUGCGCGCGGCGUUCAACUUCCUCUGGAUCCCGUACGACGCCGUGGACACGUUCCUGCCCAAGGGGAGCGAGCAGCGGCGGUGGUACGAGGCGGAGAUCGGGUGGAAGGUGGAGAACGUGCUGGCGCAGGAGGGCGUCGAGCGGGUGGAGCGGCAGGAGGACAGGGGGAGGUGGGGCCAGAGAAUGCGCAGCGCGGGGUUCCGUGCGUUGGCGUUCGGCGAGGAGGCCGCCGGAGAGGUGAAGGCCAUGCUGAACGAGCACGCGGCGGGGUGGGGGAUGAAGCGGGAAGACGACGACCUGGUGCUCACGUGGAAGGGGCACAACGUCGUGUUCGCGUCGGCGUGGGCUCCGUCGUGAUGAGUUUAUCAUAUGCAGUGCAGUUCAGAAUCAGAAGGUGAGUAGGCAUGUAUGUGAUCUUCCAUGACCGACAUGGGAUCAGGGUUGUGUUUGUGCAUGAUAUCGAAGAUUAUCUUGUUAAAUUGGGUUUAUUAUCCAGCUGAUUCAUUACUUGGUAGAUUGAUAGUGAGCUUGAUCACUGCAAUGACAAUCUCUCUCUCUCGUAAUCUUCCUUUCUCUCUCGUAAUCUUUCUGCUAGCUUGAUUCAAAACUGAAAGCAUAACACUCAUAUAUCAUCUGUGUA